AUCAAAAAUAAAUAACAAAAAUUGGUAAAUUCUUUCCAUGAAAAAAAAUCUGGUGAUAAGUCAGCUAUCCAUAAAUUAAAUGGUGAUUUUCAACAUAAUAAAAAUUUCACUUUUGCUUUAGAAAAAUUUUCCAUUCCUAUUUCUGCCUCUACCUCUCAGUCUAAUGAAAUAUUUAAUGAAGACAAUUCAUUCUGUAACAAAAUGUGACUGCCAAUACAUGGGCAGAGCCUGAGAAUAAUUGAUCUUCAUAACUUAUCCAACCUGAAGGAUCAGCUGAAAAUCCAAUCAAUGGCUGACAUAAGUUUUAUUAUCCAAAUACAGUAAACAUGGAAACCUAUAAUAGGGUAUAAAGAUACAUGGUCCCUCUUCCAUUACCUAUCCUGUUUAUAAAAAUAAGAUGUAUAAGGCCGGCACUGCGGCUCACUUGGUUAAUCCUCCGCCUGCGGCGCCGGCAUACCGGGUUCUAGUCCCAGUCGGGGCGCUGGAUUCUGUCCCGGUUGCUCCUCUUCCAGUCCAGCUCUCUGCUGUGGCCUGGGAAGGCAGUGGAGGAUGACCCAAGUGCUUGGGCCCUGCACCCGCAUGGGAGACCAGGAGAAGCACCUGGCUCCUGGCUUUGGAUCAGCGCGAUGAGCCAGCCGCAGCGCACCAGCCGCGGUGGCCAUUGGAGGGUGUACCAACGGCAAAAAGGAAGACUUUUCUGUCUCUCUCUCUCUCUCUCUCUCUCUCACUGUCUAAAUCUGCCUGUUUAAAAAAAUAUAAAAAUAAAAAAGAAAUAAGAUGUAUAAUGUAAAAAAAGUAAUCUUGAUAAUUUACCAUGAAAAUCACUAAUUAAGAAGGUUCCAUUGCAUCCCAUUACCCUAAAACAACACAAAGAAUCCUUGAAAACAUCUCAAAUGUUUGUUAAUGUUUGUGGCAUGGCAGGUUAAGCUGCCACCUUGAAUGCAGACAUCCCAUAGAAGUACCAGUUCAGUUCCCAGCUGCUCUCCUUCUGGUCCAGCUCCCUGCUAGUGUUCUUGGGAAAGCAGCGGAGGACAGUCCAGGUGCGUGGGCCCCUGAGCCCAAAUGGGAGACCAGGAUGAGACUACUGGCUCCUAGCUUUGGCCUGGCCCAGCCUUGGCCAUUGCAGCCAUUUGUGGAGUAGGCCAGCAGAUAGAAGAUUCUCUCUCUCACUCACUCUCACUCUCUCUCUCUCUCUCUCUCCUCUCUUCUUUCUGUCUCUCUCUUUCUCCUGUGGUUCUGCCUUUCAAAUAAAUAAAUAAAUCUUUUUAAAAUUAUUAAAUCGAAUGAUUUACCCAAUAUUAAUUAUUGCCUCAUUCAGUUACACAUAAACAAGCACACAGUUAAAAACAUUCGUAAGUACUCAGAUACUCCACAAGCCGAGCCGGGUGGGCACUGACUGGAGCUGCUAGUCAGGGCUGUGGUCAUUUUUAUACCUUCCUGCGUGGAUGCAGGCAUCACCAACGGAAAGGAGGGCAGGCAGGUGGGGUGGUGCGUGGCUAGGUCGCACAAGGUCUCGCUGCCAUGAAGGUGAAGAUCAAGUGCUGGAACGGCAUGGCCACCUGGCUUUGGGUGGCCAACGACAAGAACUGCGGCAUCUGCCGGAUGGCAUUAAAUGGCUGCGGCCCCGACUGCAAGAUGCCGGGAGACAACUGCCUGCUAGUCUGGGGCCAGUGCUCUCACUGCUUCCACAUGCACUGCAUCCUCAAGUGGCUCAACACACAGCAGGUGCAGCAGCACUGCCCCAUGCGCCGGCAGGAGUGGAAGUUCAAGGAGUGAGCCCGCCCUCAGCACACCCAGGACUGCCCAGCAUAAUGCUGAAGUUUUAACUAAUAAGUAAAAUUCAUUAAACUCUCAAAAAAAAAAGUAUUCAGAUACUCAAAGAGAGACACUACUGAGAAAAGAAUCAUGGUACUAGUACCUCUAUUUAUAUCAGUACCAUCAGUAUAUCUUGCUUCCAAUGGGCCCACCACCCUAGCUAUCUCUUCUACAGGGCACAAUGUCAAUAAUGAGAUUUGGAUAAUAGUUUGGAUAUCAACAAAAGGUCCAUAUAUUUGCGGCUUAGUCCCAAAAUAUGUUUUGGUUAAUGGAUUAAUGUUAAUGGCCAAUGGAUCAAGGAUGAAAACAGAACAAUUAUGAUAUCAAGCAUGUGCACCUAGUGGGAGGAAAGUAUGUCUUUGAGGGCUUAUCCUCUGAAGGUAGUUCUCCUGAGGGUUGAACAGUGUUACCUCUCUGCUUACUGGCUCACCAUGCCAUCCUCCCCCUGCACACAUCCACACCCUCCAUACUCAUCAGAUGCUGGACUAAUGGUGCCUCCUGGCCUUGGACUGUAAACCUCAAAACUAUAAGCCAAAACAAACCCUCUUCCUGUGUAUUUUAGCCCCACUCGGGUAUUUUAGUUAAACUGACACAAAGAUGACAAACAUAGGCAUCUUAAAUAUUUACAUCUUAAGCCUGUAAGACACAGAAUCCUGAGACGAAGAUGGAUUAUAAAAACAAUUAUAUAACUGUAGUCACUCUCUAUUUCAUUCCUCUAAAACACAAGUUAAAUUGAAUCCUAGACAUCCACCUCCAAUAAAGACACAUGACCAGCAAAGCACUGC